AUGCGGAAUCUGGCCAAGAAAGAGCCACUAGAGGAAGCUGCAGGUCGAAGGCUGGGUAAAACCCUCGAAAUUAAACAACUGGAUGUCUGUGAUGAGCAGUCUAUUAAAGCUUGUGUGAAUAGUAUCCCUGACAGAAGGAUUGAUGUCCUCGGCAACAAUGCUGGAAUGGGGCUCAUUGGACCUAUUGAAUGUCAGACCAUAGAUGAGAUGAAAACUGUGAUGGAUACCAACUUCUUUGGACUGGUUCGACUCCUGAAGGAGAUUUUGCCUGAUAUGAAGAGGAGAAAGAGUGGACAUAUAGUCAUAAUAAGCAGUGUUAUGGGAAUACAAGGUAUCUUAUUUAAUGAUGUUUAUGCUGCAUCUAAGUUUGCUGUGGAAGGAUUCUGCGAAAGUUUAGCUAUACAAGCGCUCAAGUUCAAACUGCAGUUAAGUUUGAUUGAGCCAGGCCCCGUAGUUACAGAGUUUGAAAGAAAAGUGUUUGAAGAUGGAAUGAAAAUGGAUCUUUCAGCUGCAGAUCAAGAAACAGCUGAUAUGUUUACUAAUAUUUACCUUAAAAAUUACAAACAAAUCUUUCAGAGCCUGGGACAAAGUGCUGAAGAGGUUGCAGAGCAUACAGUAAAGGUAAUUCUUGCAGAAAGUCCACCUUUUCGCCAUCAGACCAACACCUUGUACACUCCAAUGACAACUCUGAAAUACGCAGAUCCAAAUGGAGACCUACCCAUUGAUAUAUUCUACAAAAUGGUUUUUCAUCAUGACAAAAUCUUCAGUGCAAGUCUUAACUUUAUCAAAUUGCUCAGGUGGAGAAGUAGGAAGAGCUUUGACCUGGGAAAAACCUCAGAAUGAGAUUAUAUUGUGCAAAUUGGAAUUGUUGUAGCUACUGACAACACAACUUAUUCAAAUGCCUUUGCUCUGUAGUUGUGAAAAGGCAUUCAAAAUGUUUGAGUUUAGCUAAGAUGUUUAGCUAAGAUAUUCAGCUCAAUAAAUUUAUCUUGAACUUUGCAGUUUGUAGAACCUUGAAAUUAAAAUCCUCUAUCUAUAGGUUUAUUCUGUUUAGUGUUUGCUUUUUAGAGAGAUCUGUUUUCAUGGGAACAUUAAUAUUGACUGAUACUUGCAUAUUCAGAAUUAACCCAAUCCCCUUCACUGAAUAUAAUACAUACAGAGAUGUGCACUUUAUGUAAUUAUUUAGAUUCUGAAUACCAUAAAAUAUUUUCUUUUUACUUCUUAAAACAGUAGUAGUAAUCCCUCAUAAUAGUAUUUUAAUUUUCAGAAAUCAGGUGUAUUUACCAGUAACAUAACAGAAAGGACUAUCAAUCUUAAAAUGUCACAACUAAAAUAUUUAUGUGUAUACGUAUGUUAUGUUCUGAAUGCUUCCUUUAUAUGCAAUGGUUACUGGCAUAUUACACAUAGUGGAUAAUGUGUUUUUUAAAAAACAUUUAAAAAUAAAAUAUCUUCUUACUG